UUAACGAUGGAAGCUAGCCCGGAGCUACCCGGUGCAAGGAAAACGCUGGAUGAAAAACGAAACAUCCAAAUGCAAGUAGUGCCUUCUGAAGCGCGUUUAAUCCGCCUUUUGUCUCCAGACGCUGAAUUUAAGUGAUGCAAUGUCAAAACAAAAAGCAGAUGCAACCAUGCCGCUCCAGCUUGUGUACAGCAACCAGGACUUUGUUGCGGAUUUGCAUCGGAGCAGUGGGAGCAGACCUGGGUUUGCGUCACCGGCAACACAGUUUGACACGACCAUCCGAGCCGGCUGGACGGACAGGAUGAGCAGGGGCCUCUUCCGUUACCAUCUGGGUGAUUUACAAACACGGAUCCUGCCGGGCCCGUAUGGCUAUGUGGCCCAGCUGAAUAUUGAAAGAGGAGUGGAGAGAAGAAAGCCUCAGGAUAUACUGAGCAUUCAGCAGGAGUUCAAUGGCAAGCAGUUUAAUUUCAACAAAAUCAAUCCAGAAGAAGUCCUAUUUGAGAUGAUAAAGGGCGUUGAGGGAGGAAAUGAAAAGGGACAGUUGCAUGAACUCUGCAGGAUGGUUGUGCUGGUCAACGUCAGCCCGUUGGAGUUUGGCCAUUGUCUCUUUGUUCCAGAGCCGUCACGCUGUUUCCCACAGGUCAUGACGAGCUUUGCCAUCCGGGUUGGUAUUGAAUCUGUGCUCCUGAGCUCCGAUCCCGGCUUCCGUGUGGGGUUCAAUAGUCUGGGAGCAUUUGCGUCUGUCAAUCACUUACACCUACAUGGGUAUUACCUGGAUCAUGAGCUCAAGAUAGAAUCCAUGCCGGUCAAGCCUCUGGUUCCUGAAAGGGGAUUUUACGGCUUGUUGGACGUUCCCGCAGGCUUUUUGUUUUACACAGAAUCGGAGAGGGUGGAGAAGGUUGCUGAAGCCAUCUGUCAAGUCACAGACUUUCUUGUGGACGGUAAUAUCGCUCACAAUUUGUUCCUGACGAGAGGAUGUCCGCCCUGCGAUCGCACACGGAACGAAAAAGGUCACCGUUCAAGAAACGGUGUUCGUAUCGCUGUAUGGCCGAGAACAUCGAGCUUCGGGGCCAAAGAGGAGUCUGCCUUCAAUGUUGCUCUCUGUGAGCUCGCCGGACAUUUACCCUUUAAGAACAAGAAGGACUACGAGUUAAUUUGUGAGAAAGAUGUAACGGAUAUAAUCCAGAGGUAUCUUCUGCCUGAUCCACAGUUUCACAUGUUGGAACAGCAGCUCACUCGUCAUUUGAUGGAUUUAUAAAGUAUGGACGCUAAAGCCUUUUUAAAUCAACUAGUUUAGAAGCUACACAUUCACAAUGGGUUUAGCUUAAUCAAUGAAGAAAAUGAGUAUCUUUACACUGGAUUGUGCUUUGGGGGCUAUACUGAAUCUGUCCUGCAUCUGGCCUAAAUACAACAUUGGAUGUGCACAAAAAAACAUUCCUACAUGAAUAUAUUUAUCCACGAGAAUACAUUUAAUGGACUGAAGGAUGUGCUGUAUUAAACUAGUUUCAAAGCA